AUGCGCGUGUCUUUGAGUGAUGGCGAAUUGCGAAUUGGUUCACUGCCGCGCCCUCCUCGUGUUGUGGGCAAGUGUGUCGGGAAACCUCUGCAACUUUGGAUUUGGCUUGAAUUACAUCUUUUUGAGCCAUCAGUGGUAUUUUAUGACUCAAAACCGCGUGCUGUUGCAACAACUACUCCAUCGGCACAAACAUCGGGAACAACAACACCGGCCUCCAUUGAAUCUAUGGCCGCAUGUAGUCCGUGGAUGACAGCAACUCGUGGAUCUCAGCAAGCUGCGCUAUCUCUACCCCCGACUUCGCAAUCAUUGUCGUUUCCUGCACAACCGGCUUUGUCUUCGAGGAAGCACACUACUUUGUCCUCCUCCUCUUCCUCUUCCUCAUCAAUCUCCUCCCAGGAAGUUCACUCCACUGCAGGUGUUCUGGAAUCCCUUUUGAUGGGUGGUUAUGUUGCUCCAGACUCUCGCCACAGACGCAUUUCUGGCUCUUCUGUCGCCACUGCCACCACAACGACAACCACAAUUGCUAUCGCUGCACGACAUCGAAAUGCUUCUGAGGCGGCAUCAGUGGAUAAUGGCUGUGGUGUUUCUGAAUGUCGCCAAGCUCUCUCAGGUAGCGGACCAUCCUCGACUUGUUGCCAGGUUCCCAAGUCAAGCAGCUGCUUCAGUUUCAAUGGUGUGGAAUGGCCCAUGGCUACCUCAACUAUCAAUGGCAGUAGCAAUACCACUAGCCCUACAACUAGUACUCGAAAUGAAACACCAAAUUCGACACCCCAUUUACUAAUGAGUCCGAUUUCCUCCUCCUCCUGUUCGUCUUUGGCUCAUCUGUUGAGACACGGGUGUCCACCGGCCUCGGUGGUAUCUGCCAACGCCACUGUUACUACUUCAUUUACUCUUGCACCAACCACCACUUUAGUGACGGCCGUAGGAGUUUCAGAGCCUAUACCCAGUCCCACGAUAUCUACGGCUUGUGCUGUCCGAGCUAGUCGACUAGCUGCUUCUGCUGCUGUUGGUGCUACUUCGAGGAUGGCCAAGGUUGCGCCUUCAAGGCCUCUUGAUUGUCCUCUCUCCAUCAUUGUUGAUCCGCAGCCUCCAAGUGGAGCGAAAAGCACUGCUCAUCGUCCGCCAAGUUGUAAGUAUUUUGCAUUUAACAAUUGUGAUCUUCAUGUCAUUGACGAGUAUUGGAACUCCGUUGCUGAUAGCGUAAGCUCUGUGGAUUUUGUAGAUGAAGAUGGCCUAUCACCAAAGAUACAUGGUCCGCCUCCAUCCAAAUUACCAUCAUUGGCACCGCAAACAAUGGAUUCUCGCUUCCUUACACAGGAAACUGCCAACAACAACAUUAUCGGCAACCUUCAACUCCAAAACAACGCAAGCAGUGGCGGUAGCACUGGUGUCAUAACUCGCAAAGCUAACAUCCGCGACACCAGUGAGGAUGAGGACGCCGCACUGGCCAACUCCUCACUUUGCCGUCUUCUACAAGGUCCCGAUCCACGCUGGGAGACGGUGACGGCGGAAGUAGAUGCAACAGUGCAGGAAGAUGUUCCUGUCGCGCCUCCACCCCCUCCCCCUUCCUUCUUCGAACUCCCUUCUGACGUCCUUGUUGUCAGUAGCGGUGGCAGCGGCGAAGUGAGGCGUACACGCUACGACUCCUGCCCAAUGGCUUUGCGGCAACCAUUGUCCGUUCCUACCCCAUCCCACGUCCUUGUAACCUCGGUACCUCCAUCGCAAUCGGUGGCGCCCACGGUGAAAACGCCGGUGGCAGCAAAAGGAUCAAUUGGUGGAUGUGUUGUAAUUGGCAGCGGCGCCAGUGGGGGAAGCUGCUGUAGGGGAUCCAGCUCGUCUGCUCCGCCUUCCGCAGUCAACUCGAUGGAUGUCAGCAACUCGUCUCCCGUGACUCUGGAGAGAAAUCGUAGAGCUGCUGCAGCAGCAGCAGCACAAAUCGCAGAGGAAGCGGAACAUCAACGUCGACAACGCCCCAGUUCACGUCACCUCUUGGAGCGACAGCGUCUUCUGUUCCAACAAAACGUUGGUCAAGUCACGACCUACGGAUCAGGAAGUCAUAGUCUGCUAGAGGGAACUCUGGGCCAUCAUCAUCAUCAGCAGCAGCGGCAGCAGCAGCAAUCCCUGCCCAAUUGUGGCUUUAGUAGCAGCGGAAGUGAUGUUCCCUCAAGCUCUUCCACCGCUGCUUGCUGUCACAUUCAAUCGGUGGGAGGCGAGGGAUUCUGUGAGCUCGAUGCUCCACUGCUGACACCAACUCCUGUGACGCCAGCUUCACAGACGCAGACUCUAGUUAAUCAAAGAACGCCGUUGGAGGACUUCUCUCGCCGCAUGAAGGAAAUUGCGCCCAAUGUGCGUGUAUCACCCACGGGCUACCACCAUCACUUUCCUGUUCCCACUCUCUACCCUCCUGAUCAGCAAGAGCAGCACCAACAACAACGGAUGUCACAACUUCAGCCAGUCUAUGAAUAUUCGGGUGGGCACUUGGCACCCGUAAACUACGAGUAUCAAGAUCACCAGCAGACUGGAUCUUCACCUCAGGGCCUCCUCACAGGAACUUCCCCGCAUUACGAUAAUCCUGCUCUUGGAUCUCCACCGCCUUACACCCCCCACCCGUCCCCUAUUCAGCCCAAAUUAUUAAGCCAUCACCAGUACCACAACCUUCAACACCAUACUAAUUCUCAUCAUCCUCAUCAAUGCCAACAACAAUUACAUCGGCAAAGUCAACAACCGUACUACAACACUCAAGCUCCUCCCCACCAUCAGCAGCAACAGCAUUUGCUCUACCACCAACAGAGACCAUCACUGCCACAGUCACCGUCACCACACACUGUUUGCGGUUCUGAAACUUAUGCGAAUUUCCCUAGUAUGGGUUACUUCGACUCACAGUUCAGCUUUCAACACCAGCAUCACACGGUGAUGCAUCAGCAGCCGCCACCACAACCUCCUAACUAUGUGUCACCACUAUCUUUGGCACUUCAGCAGAAUCAAUCGCUUCCUCAUUCUCAGGUAAAGGCAAGUCUGCGUGAGAAGGUGACAAGUCGUUGCCAAGUUAGGAACAUGGAUAUCAUGGCAACCGGCUCCUCACCUCCGCCUCCUCCCACCUCCGCCAUACCAACGCACUCUGCAGGCUUGGCAGUUUCAGCAAUGAUUGGUCAGAAGCGUCCACAUCCCCCGGACAGCCUGAAGGGUGGUAUCGGAGGUGGUGGGGAUAAGUAUUUUUAUAACCCACCUCCGCCGCAUCACCCUUCGCCUCCUCACUACCAUCAGAGCUUUGAGCAGGUGGGUUCUGAAAUGGAUUUGCCCUUCCUGGAUGGUUCGACCUACGAAGGCUAUGAAAUAUCUCGCCAACAAGCGCCAUUACCAACACAACCACCAUCGCCACAGCGGCAUUUUACCGAACGCCGUCCGUCGAUGCUGUUUGAAGCGCAGCAAUGUGCACCUGUCUGCGAUAGCAACAGCGUUGACAGCACAAACGGCAUUACCACUGUCAACAACAAUACCGACUGCAGCAACAAAGUGAAUGAGGAUAUUCAACUCACUGCUGAUAUUGUCAAUGACGUUCUCGAAUGUAAGUAUUCAAAUUUUACCAAUUUAUGGAGGUGGUCGCGUCUUAUUUUUAAUGUCUUUAUCGGGUUCCCUUGCAAGACCUCGCAAGGCUUGUGA